CGUUCUUAUUUAGCUUUGUCUAACAUUGCUUCUUUUUUUUUUUGCAAAAUUUUAAAAAAAAAGCUCACAAACUGAACCAAUUAUUUCAUCAGCUCCCCAUUAUAUUCAAAUGGUUGUGUGAGAUUUACAAAACAGUUUAGUCUUCACAGGCAGACGUCUCGCUUGUCCUUCCUGUUAGAAUUCCAUGAAAAGGUCAACCGCUGUGUAAUAUGAUAGCUUAAUCAAGAGCUGGGUUGUGUUUGAUCACAUUGGCUACCGCUUGCUCUUUUCCACGUAUUUGGCAUCUGUUCUGACUGUUCAAUAGGCUUGUAUGACAAGCUUCUCGGAAGGAUCGUUUCACAGAACUCAAAGGAAUGUAACAUUUUCAAGCACUACUGCAAAGGUUAAUUCAAUGAAGUCAGCUUGUGCUUGGAAAUCUGGUUUUUCUAGGAGCUGCUACCUUUCCAGGCAACUUGAAUGUUCUGAGAAAUCUAUUGUACACCAAGUUCAGGAUUUCCCGAAGGCACACAUUAACCAAUCAGGAUGCAAGAUAUGCAACACCAUUUGGCUACAGUAGAGUACACAUUAGGUGAAGCCCCUACAAAAACCAAGAAUUACUAGGUGCCUGGGCUUCAUAGAAACACGGCUGAAGAGUAAACUUCAAGGGGACGAGGGAACUGAAGACUGCAUUCAUCCGUACCAUCAGCAUUUGAAGAAUCUACUUCUCAACGAAUUUUCAGCUCCGUUAAACGGCAUAGAAUUUGGUGUUUUCCAACAGCAUAUCUUUUCAGGCCAUAUAUCCCGAGGCAAAAGCUUCUAUGGCGUGGGAAGGGACAGAGAACUACUACAAUCUGAUGCCUAUAUGUACCCUUACGGUCAAAUUCCCUUAGCUUAUAUGUAUGAUCGUAAUGGUGUUCGUGGUCUUGCGAUGAAUAGCAAACCGGUUAAGAAGCGUGCUAUCCAGGCAUGGCGAGAUGGAGAUAUGUCUGGUGAAUAUAACGUUUAUCCAGAUUGUUUUCCGGUGAAUGGGAGUUGGCAUAUAGACCACAAUGAUCGUCAAGAUGGCCACAAGAAUCUCGACAACUCGAUCACGUGGUCCCCAUCAAGCGUCAGCGAGUGCCCGAGUCAAACAGACAGCGAGGUCGAAUCUGAUAUUAACACUAGCUUCUCCCAUACCGCACCUGAGAACAUUGACGCUAGUUUUUAUAGUGACGAGAAAAAGAAAACAAAGCGUUCCAAGAAAAAGCAAUUAGCCGUUGUGCUUGACCGAAUAGUAGUCAACAAGACGGAUAAACAAAAGACUCAGGAAGUUCUGAAGAUACCUGGGAUGGGUAUUGCCUCAGAGAGGAUGCCCACAAACAAAAUACAACCCAUUAUUCUAGACUUUGAAAUCCCAUUACCAAAGGAAACAGUUCAGAAAGCGCAAGCAGACAAAGAAGAAAAUUCCUUGAAACGAGUUCAGAAUUCACUGGUAACAGGUUCACCCGAUACGCAAUUAUACUCAGAUGAACCGUCGGCGAAAAAGUCGCGUAAAGAAGAGUCUUCAGAAUCUAGUGGGGAAAAUGCUACUACAUCUUUGCAGAUAGAUCAGCCACAUGAUAAAACCCAAGAAGAAAGUGGCUCAAAAACAGCUUCAACAAAUGAAGACCUAUUUAAGAAACCAGACAUUAAUCAGUAUAAAGCAAGCACUGGAGGUGUUCGUUGUUUUAUAUGCCAGAGGCAAAUAAUUGCAGAUGGCACAGAAACUGCAUUCUUUGGCAUGGUUGUUUGUGUGCCAUGUAAAAAGAUUCAAGACUCUGGCGGACCAGCACUACCAACUCCAGUCCCGAAAUUUCCAACUUCUUGCCAUCCGAAACUGUUUCGUGGUUCAAAGUAUGUUCGUACAAGAUAUGGACGAUCACCAAGCCCUGGACAGUCACCAAGUGGGUCCAGAUCACCGGCACGAUCUCCAGCAACAUCGCCUGCUCCCCGUUCACCGAUGUCGCCGUACAGGUCAAAUCCUGUAUCACCAUUUUCAAAGCCUCCUUUAUCACCUGCAGUGCCAAGUCCCAGACCACCAUUGGCACAAGCCACACCUCCAGCCUCACCAAAAGGCUCAGCACCGCUCUCCAGGACUUCAACUCCAGUGCCCUCAACCCCUCCUGUACCCAACAACCAGUCUGAUAAAUCACCUAACACAUCAACUGUAGAGCAGUUGACCAGUAUGUCUCCACAUCAUCCGGAACCACAAUCUCCACACUUGGUUGUCAGUCAACCAUCAAGAGUUCUAGGCCACUCUCCUCAAAGUCCAGGCUAUCAUUCUUUGAUUCCUUCUCCUGUGCCUUCAGUCAGCCAAACAUCAGCGUCAAGUCCUCUCCGCAUCAAUGUUUCACCAAGUCCAGAAAGGAGGUUAGUUUCAAGCCCUAAUCACGCUAAAUCAGACAAAUUCUCACCUCCGCAUAUGUCAACGCUGCAGAUGCCAACUGCUAUGCAUAGACCGCCAAGGAUACUGAGCCUAGCGACACCUUGCAGUAGGUCUCCUCAGGUUGAAUUGCCAAACAAUGACACAGGCCAUGUAAGAGAAGUCCCCCAGUCUAGCCAACCUUCUCCGCAGUCAAACCAACAGUCCCCUCAUUCAAGCCAACAGUCACCCCAGCCAGAACGAACACACCAAGAACACGAAACUAUACGAGCUCUACUUAAACUCCGUCGUCAAGACCAGCAACACAUGUCAAUCAGCGGUCCCCCUCCUCUGAUUCAAACACCAGGAGGUGGAAUAAGCUGUGUGGGAUCCAACGGACCGCCGGGGAAUAUGACUUCAUCUAGCCAGCUUCCCCCUGGUGUCAUCAUACCUGGAGUACCUCCCCCUAGGAGUAUGUACCCAGGAAGCACACGUAGCAUUCCUCAAGGAUUCAUUCCAUCAACUGUUCCAGGUGGAUUCCCUAGGAUCCAAAUGAUGCCGUUGCAGAGAAUGCCAGUUGAAGCAUUUAUCCCUAGAACAGAUAUUUCUGGAGUUCAAAAUCAUAUACAGCCGCCAGCCAGUAAUGACGUACGAUACCAAGGGAUUGAAACAAUGCCCAAUUCAUCAAUCCCAGUUCCUAAAAUAGCUGAGGUGAGGACAUUAAACCCUGGUAUGUUACCGGGAAUGAGCAACAUCAGCAUGGUGAUGACGGGUUACCCUUCGAAUGUACCAAAACGACCAAGGAAGAAAAAGAAUGCUGUGAUGGUGGACAACAUGAUGAAUAACCAAGCAUUACCAGGACAAUAUCGCGGAGAAAAGCAAUCUGAUCAAUCCGGCAAAGAGACAUUAGUUAUUGUUGGGACAAACUGUGGCGCAGGAUCUUCAUCAAUUAAAGUUGGUAACGACAAAGAACCUGAGCCGCAGUAUAUGAUUCCCGGUCAACCAACUAAACCUUUCCCAGAUGGCAUCCCGCGUCCUAUUGCUUUUCAUUGUGUAUGUCAGGGGAAAACAAUAACAUUUAUUCAGUGUCCGAACUGCGAUUUUAUCUGUAAUAGUGUUGAUGGAAUGGAGCUGCAUUUUGCCGCGCAGAGGCAUGCAGAAAUCCGUGGAGAGAAGGAGUCGACUCCCGGCAAUCCAGGGGUUGGGAAGUAUCCGUCGGAGAGCGCUGAGGGAAGUACAAAACCAGUUGGAGAUGAUGUUGUGUCAUUGUCUUCCGUGGAGACUCAGUCAGCUGAUACAGACUCAGAAAUGUCUUCACCAUUACCUAAAAAUAUGCAAGAGAACUGGCGGAUUUUAAAUUCCACUUCUGAUAUGCGAUAUGAGAGAAACAAACCAGCAUACACAAGUGCCUUAGAUUUGAGAGUAGGGGGCAGCAAAUCAACAGAAACGCCAGACAGACCGACCCCGUUGGACCUCAGUCAAAAGCAAACUGUGUCUAAUUUAGUUGGAGUGACAAGACCUCAGACAUCUUCAGGCCAAGUAAUUGAAAGUACAAUACCCUUAGAUUUAUCAAGCCACAUAGAGCAUGCGCGGCAUGCCACAAGGGAACCAGUCAGGGAAGCGUUUAGCGACGCUACAAGAGAGGGGUUCAUUCCUGAGAGAUACCUACAAGGGGGUGCUCGCAGACAAGCUGCUGCAGACCUCGUCACUAACCAACCUUACUAUACUCAGUCACAGCUUGAAAGUGAAGCACGAGCAAGAAUGGUCUUGGUGGACAACUCUCCAUUGUACUCCAUCAGCAGAGGUGCUAAAAUUCCUCCCACCUCCUACGAGUAUACCUCCGCAGGACCUGGUACUAUGCAGCUUGUCCGGCCGCCAAGGAGCUACCCAGCACAAUCGACAAUACCAAAUCGUGAUCUCUCACUAUAUAGAGAGGCUAUACGACCACCAAGGCCUGAAGAAUAUUUACACAUGGUACCACCACCUCACCUUAUCCAAAAAGAACAGCAAAGAAUAGAUGCACAAAGAUCUGGCUCAGUAACAGUUCAACAGUUACUGCGCAGUGGUCACCCACCACAACGGACAAACCAGCAGACAAUUUCAAAUUUGCAGUUUCACUCUGGAUACCCUGCCAAAGAUGUAAUAAAUGUCAGCUUACCGUUACCUAAUCUUGUCAGAGCUCAGCCACGGGCAACUGUUGCCCCAUCAAUAUCUCAAUCAUGUCAGAUAAACUAUCAGGGAGGAACCAUAUCAGUUCAUUCAACAGCUCAACAGUUGAAAGAAAAGCAAGAUAAUCUUAGAGAGCUGCAACAGCGGCAGAGGGAGGCAUUCGAAAGGCAGGCAAUUACGCAAGAACGACGAAAAGAUAUGCAGCGAGAAAUGUAUGAACGGCAAGAAGAGUUGGCAGAGAGGCAGCGAAGAGAUAUACAAGAAAAAGGAAGGCAGAGAGAAAUACAAGAAAGAGAGAGACAGCGAGAUAUGCAUGAACAGCAUGCAGAUAUGCAAAGCAGACAGAGAAAUAUGCAAGAAAGAGAAGGAAAUAUGGAAGAUCGUGCGAUACUGGAUAAGCAAAGAGAUCUACAUGAAUUCCACAGAGGCCCAAAAGGCAGGCAUAAACAAAUCAAUAAUAUUAACCAAGGUAGUACAAUCAACGAUGUUCAGGUGACUACUGCCCAAAAUAAUUUAAAUAAUGUUCAAAAUACAGAGUGGCUACAAGAGAAUUCUGACCGGGGAAGUAAACAAAGAGAGAACAGGACACUUACGAACAAUGUUGGUGAUACCAAUGGUGGUGUCCACGUGAAAUCAGAACCAGUAGAGGUUAUCAUCGAAGAACCUAGGUGUAGCAACGAUAAAACUUGUGAAAACGGUCAGUUGCCCGAAACCGUUAUAGAAGAUGACAUGAGGCACCUAGCUGAGGCGGAACAAUAUAAAGUAAACGCUGCUGUUAUAAAGCAAGAAAGCAUACAGCUAGCUUCAGCUUGAAUAGUAUUACCAAUUUGGUUGGACAAAAAUAGUUCCAAAAUUAUCUUUUGGAACCAGGAGAAUGAAUAUGCAAUUUUUGAAAUUAAUUUUUCAUGCAGCUUUUAACUUUAAUCUUAAAAUAGUUGUCAUGUGUAUGACCCAUAUAGUAAAAACUGAAAGUUUUAUCAUUAUCAUGCUAUCAUUCAGUCAAAUUUUAACUGUUCAACUCAGCAUAAAAAAUGUUACAUUUGCCAAAAUAAUUUACGUGACCCAAUAGAUAAUAUAUUUUUAAUUGAGAGAAAAAUUGAAUCAUUCUAAAUAAAAUGAUUAUUAUUACUACAAUUUUAAAAUUCUGAAAUAAUUAGUACUUUUCUCUAUUCAUUUAUAUUUGAAAUUUUGAGAGAAGCUUUGAAAGUUUUUUUUUUUCAGUGCAGCUGCUGUGGGCGGUUUUUCUAAAAAUAUUUUAAAAGAAGAUAACAGCAACAGAAAUGUUGUAAAUAAUACAUUUUCGAUACACUUUUCGACUAUAUUCUAAGUAGUAUUCGUGUAGUUACGCCCAGUGGUGGUGCCAAUAGAGGACAAUUCAUAUCCUAGCGUUGCUACUUGUUACUGUUUUAUCGAACAUAAGUAAUACAAAUUGUGUUUUCCAAACUACGUGGCAUUAUUUUGUAGAACAAGAAUUGAGGUGUAUUCAUAAAUGUGAAAUUUCGAACAUUGACAUAUUCUGUUGGUGUAUUUUUAACACAGUACUGUAGUUUGAAUGUGAAAAAAACUUUUUGAAUAGUAUAUAUACUGUACAUUAUAUCAUGUUUUGUUUUUAAGAAAGUUGAUAUUUAGAUAGAACACAAAUUAUUGUUAACACUAGAGGUCAGUUGUGAUCCGGUUUUGUUUUUAAGAAAACUGAUUUUGAGAUAGAACACAAAUGUGUUUUAAAGUUAAUGUUUAGGUUUGAUUCCGUUAAAAAAAAACCGAUUAUAUAUGUGUGCGUGAGAAAACACCCUUCAAAAUGAUCGUAUUUUGUAUGAACACCGAACUAAAACUUUUUUUAGUUCGACCAUAAAAUACUUAACAAUAAGGACAUAUAAGGAUAAAUACCUUAUUUGAAUCUCUUACUCUUAUGUUUGUACUCCUACUAAAUCAAAUGUAUAUGAUAAUAAUACAUCUAAAAAACAUACAUUGUAGCAUGAGCUUAUGAGUGCAAAUAGAUAAUUUAAAUUUACAAUUAAAAAAAUAAUAAUUAAUAUUAAGAAAAUAAAAAGGCUUUAUUAAAUUAUGAUAAAUAUAAAAUUGUAAAUUAUUUCACCAGUUUAUAUGUAAAUACCAUAGGUAUUGCUCAUUAAAACAUUUUAGAAAAAAGAAUAAAUGUGAAGUUAGAUACUAUUAAGUCUCUAGCCACACUAUCAAAUUUUGUAACAGAUAUCUGUGAUCUCAUAUCACACCCAUACCCAUGUAUGAUCAUGAUGAUCUCAUAUCACACCCAUACCCAUGUAUGAUCAUGAUGAUGUCAUAUCACAACUGUACCCAUAUAUGGGCAUGAUGUCAUAUCACAUCCAUACCCAUAUAUGGGCAUGAUGAUGUCAUAUCGCACCCAUACUCAUAUAUGAGCAUGAUGAUGUCACAUCACACCCAUAUACGGGCAUGAUGAUUUCAUAUCACACCCAUACCCAAAUAUGGGCAUGAUGAUGUCAUAUUGAAAUACACGCCAUCGUGUUGGGAUUCAAUAUUUCGACAUUAAUUAUGUCAUCAUUCAUGAUGUCAUAUCACAUAGCUUUUUAAAAAUUUCCCCCUUCAUUCCUGUUUUUUUUUUUUGUUUUUUUUUUUCAAUAGUCAAAACACACAGAAAAAAGGCAAUUGGUAUUUGUAUGUGCCUGGGCAUAUAUAAGGCCUAGAUAUAUAUGACAGGGCAUGUGGCCGUUCUCUUCAAAAAAAAAGGGGAGAAAAUUGGCUACUCAGUCAAAAAGUCAAUAAUGAAUAUUUGUUGUUAUUUGGCCUUAUAAGUGAUAGGAGUUUUUCGAUCUUUAAACAUUGAAUGGUAUGCAAUGGUAAUUAUUUAUUGCUUCUAGAUAUUAUUUGAUUUUAACAAUGUAAAGAAUAAUUUUAAACAUUAUUUAGUGUCUUCUAUAUUUGAUAAAUACUUCAUAUUUUUAUUAUUGCAAUGUAAAUGUGAAAUAAUCAAUUAAAGAAAACAAUUUAAGAUGUAGGUAAACAGAUGUUUUUCCUGAUUUGUAUAGGGAAGUACUGUAAUCAGACUAUAGAUUACGAUCAUUGUACUGUAGAAAUAACAAAAUUAUCUGUUGUAGGUUUAGAGAAUACCAGAAUACGUAAUACUUGACAUGUAGUGGGUAGACAGUGGCGGAUGGGGUGUGCAAGGGGAAGGCAGUUCAGGAUCAAUUGUCUGAGAGGGGCAGAACUUAUCAGGGUGGGUUAAGGGUGUUUCCUUACCUAUUGUUGGUUUUGCCAUAAUCUGUUAUGAUGUCGCUGGUGGGGGUGGGGGGUGUCAGGGUAGGGGAGCCACCCUUGGAUCUGCCACUGGUAAAUAGAUAGAGUCCCAAGUCCCCAGAAACCUCAGGUUAUUUUUACAAAUUUGUGAUGCCAUACCUCAAAAGAAAUGUUUUUCUAAAAAUAUGGAUGGUUAGUCACAUAUUUUUACUUUUCAGUGUUUAUUUUCAUAAUUAAAUUUUCCACAAUCAUCAGGAAAUUUUAGGCCUAAUAUUACAAUUAAACAACUAAAUUAGGUUCAAAUCAAAUCCAUAUCUUACAAGUUUUUGUUGCUUUUUUAUAUAUAUAUAUAUAUAUAUUUUUUUUUAAUGGUGGAUCUUAGUUGGAACAAUUUCAUACUCAAUUCUUUGUUACCCAUUAUAAUGCGUAUCCAAACUGGUACUUCGGAGAGGGCUUAUAACAGAUAAAUCUUUCAUACUAUUGUGUAAUAGUUGAACAAACAGCCCUCGUAAUCUUGCGGUUUUCAUCAACUGAAAUAUAAACUAAUCCCAAAUAUUUAAUUAUGAUUAGUUCUGUUUGGAUACUCCAUGACUGGUCGGUUAAUUUUUACCUGUUGUUAUUUUAGUAUACAAAUAGACUAUUUCCAUGGUAAUCACCAAGCAUAUAGUUUGGAGGGUUGGGGAGUUAAAGAGGGGUGAGCAAAGGGCUUGCAAAAUCAAUUAAAAAUACAGACAAAUAUAUUUGAAAAUUAAUGAGCGUAUAGGGCGCUUCCCCUCCUUAUAGUCACCAUAUAGUAAUGGAGGUCACCAUAUGGGUUCAUUCAGUUUUACUUGGGUUGGUAUGGCAAUUUUUUCCCAAGAUCAAAAAUUAAUAGGAGCUGCUGUUACGGCUAGCAUGUUGGCAAUAAUUUCUGCUGUAUAGUUGAAUUUGCUGCAAAUUCGCAUUGCAAAAUAUCUCUUUGUAUAUGAUGUUUUUAAAAAUCUGUACAUAGUCAUUGUAAUUAUUAUCAAUUUUAUUCUGUAUAAAUUGAAAAAAUAUGGGGUUUAUGUUAAACCUGAAUGAUGUACAGUGGAUUGAAAUUCAAUCUACCCUUAGAUAUGUAUUCUUGGUUAAAUCAAUUUUAAACAUUGCUGUUGUACAUAACAGAUUUGCAUAACUAUUUGAAUAUAAUGUUUGAUUGUUUCAUAUAAUUCAUUGGCAUUCCAUUGUCUAUUUGACCUAUGUUUAUAUUUCCUUUCAGUAUAAUUAUCCAGCGGCCCCGGGGACCCGACAGCUGGGAUCCUUUGACAAACAAAGCCCCCCAGCAGGGUCCACAGUGGCAGAGCCCUGGUGGGAUUCGGGGGUAAAGAGCUCCUUAUGUAUUUAGAUGUUUGAUUAAGACAUGAAAAUUACUUCUCCAUGAUGUUAACAAUCUCCUAUGGCACUGGUCAUGCCAACCCCACCCUCUCAGCACUAGUUGUUUUUUCCUCAGCCUUCCUCUUAAAUUCCAUUUGUCCUAAACGUUUAGGACUCACCUACCCCCUUGUACCUACAUUGUCCCAUGGCUCACCUACCCCCUUGUACCUACAUUGUCCCAUCACCACCCUUCUAGUUUGUUGUACCUUUUCCCUCUCAUAUUUACCUGUACAAUACUGUAAUGUAUUUACAAAUUUCAUUUAUCUUACCUAUCCCCCUAAUGUUUACAAUUCUCGCAAGAAUAAAUUGGACAAAGCAGUCCCAGUAGAAAUACACUGUAUGACCGUGUUUUAGUUUUGUACAAUUGUUUUGACAUUCCCCUGAUUCACCUGUACCAGAUUGUUCUGUAGGCUCUAUUGCAGGAAUCAGAUCAUCAUUAUGGCAAGAAAAUAGUGUCACCACCUCCAUUGAUAUGGUGUUGUAUGUGAAAUUCAUUGCAACUUUCUGGUCAAUUUGAAAUGCGGCAUAAUUUUUAAAAAAACAAACUUAAAUAUAACUUAUUUUGACAUCAAGCAUGCUCCUGGUUGCAGAGUCCCAUUUUAUAAUAUGGUAUAGUAUAUUCUAUGAUGCAUCAUACCAACGCGUGUUGCAUCUUUCGGCUAGACCUUGCUAAGGUCCCACAAAAUAUACACAAACACAAAGGCAUUUGUGGGACAUCACAUGUGCUUGUUUGGAUUGGUCAGUUAUAAAGUUUGAUUGCGACUCUAGAGAAGUACGGUCCAUUGUUCCAAUCCAGUUUAGUUGACAUUUUCAUCAGGCUUAAUGGUGCAUGUGGACUCACUAAAAUUAUUAAAUGGGGGGAAACCAUCAAAAAUAAACAUUUAGGUAUAACCAGCAAUUGCAGGCCAAUAACUUUAGCAUAAUUAAGCCAGUUAUUUCUAUCCCUCCAGAGGUGACAUGACUUAUUUUUUAUGUCCAUUCAAACCAUUUUUAUAUUUUUUAGUUUUAAAAAUUUAAGGCCAGUAAACAUUAAAUUCUACAAAUCGAAAAUUGCACAUUCUUAGAUUGUACAGUAUAUUGCAUUAAGAGAGAUGUAUUCUUGUUUUGAAUUCUAUACAUUUUUAAAACAAAUUCAAUGCUGGUAUAGCUUCAGUAGCAAGGAGGCUAAGUAAUCAUUUAGUAUAGUAUAAUAAUAUAAAGUAUUUUAAGAUGCUAGAUGUAAUGUUCCACAGCAGUUACUUUUCUGUAUCAUCUUUGUUAUUCAAAGAUGAUUUCUUGUAUGUGAAGUGCCUUGACUGCGAUUGAAAAUAAAUUUGUACCAAGUGUACAGUGUAUAACACA